AUGGGCAUGGACAGACGGCAGCAAUUUUCAAUACACAAAUUGGGGCUCAGGACAACCGCAAUCAGGAAACGAUUGCGCCUCUUCACGACUCAGCGACGGGCGAUGGAUGGCGAACGGAUGCUUAGUGACGAAAGCGUCUUUUUUGGGCAAAAAUGGGACGAUGCUGAAGCGUUCUGCGUUGAACAAGGCGGACAUCUCGCAUCGAUACAUUCCGAACGAGAAAACACAUUUGUCGCAAACCUUGCCAGAACCAAUAAAGAGCAAACCAAUCCACAUGAUUUGACAUGGAUCGGUUUGCAAGCUAAAGGAAGCUCUUGGGAGUGGUCAGAUCGGUCAAAAGUUGAUUACAUCAACUGGGCUCCUAAACAACCUGACAAUCCUGGGAAGGAAAAUUGCGUUGAGAUCGCUCAGGAUACAUCGGAUCAUGGUUGGUAUGAGAACUGGAACAACGAGAAUUGCGACGUUGUAAUGCGUGCUUUUGUAUCUCUUCAAUUUAUCAAGAAACGUACCCCAAAGGCAGCAUAUAAGGAAAUUGACGAUGUUUGGGUCUCUUUGCGAAAAGAUCGAACGUCCGACUCUGGAACUACUCUGAGUAUUCGCAAAAAGCUGAUGUUCACUGCCAUAUUUCCUGCUCAUAUUGACGAGGAUAUUCUAGUGAGCUCUGUUCCACCUUAUUUUUUGUUUUAUGGCACACCUGCAGGAACCAUGUACGGUAUACACUUGGUGAUGACCUUCUGGCUUGAUCGCAUCGUACCUAAUCUUCUUGGCAUCCUAGCUGACGCCUGCGAUCCCCCUCCUUCUGGUGCUGCCAUGCCAGACGCUCGUCCGAAGGUCGAAUACUUCUUCUUGCUAUUUCAAGAGCUAAUUUCCAUGAACGUGAAUCGAGCUCUGUUUCUGGAUUACAAGUAUCCUGUAACUCGUUUUCUGAAGUUAGUGUUUUUAAUAAAUUCACCAUCUGAAACGACGAGGAUUCCUGGGCAACAAGGAAGUGUUUUACUUACAACAGCUACAAUACCGCUACUAACUUGUGUCCCAAAAUCCGUCGCCGACGGAUUAAUCCGUCGCAAACCGUCGGAAUUCUUGGAAGCGGUUCUGGUGAGUCAUCCCAACCCUUGUCGUCCGACGAAUGGUUUCCUUCCUCGUCUUCUUCUCGUCGUUGUCAUCGUCGACGCAUUCAGAAUGAUUUGUUUCGACGACCUCAUCGAACCUCCACGUAAAAAAAACAUGUUGAAUUUCUCGAUAUAG